UUUGUGUUAAUUUCCACCCCCUUGUGGAGCGUCCUGUCCAGGCUGACUGUCACUGGGGGAAAAUGGCCGCUCGACGUGAUUCUAUUCACCGACACUGAGAACUCUAAAGUACAGAAAACUCUACAGUCUGAUCUGGAACUAUUGAAACGAACACAACCUCAACACGGGGGGAGUUUUUAAAUGAAUAAUGUCUCGCUGGGUGCCUACGAAGAAGGAGAAGUACGGAGUUGCAAUCUACAAUUACGAUGUCCGUGGAGACGAGGAGCUGUCGCUACAGAUUGGAGACACAGUCCACAUACUAGAGACAUAUGAAGGCUGGUACAGAGGUCACAGGCUGAGGAGGAAGUCCAAGAAAGGGAUCUUUCCUGCCUGUUACAUUCACCUCAAGGAGGCCACCGUUGAAGGCAAUGGGCACAAGGAGACGGUGAUUCCCAACGAGCUGCCUCUGGUCCAGGAGGUCACCACCACCCUGCGGGAGUGGGCUUCCAUAUGGAGAGACCUCUACGUGGGGGACAGGCGUGAGAUGUUUAACUCUGUCAGGGACAUGAUCUAUGACCUGAUCGAGUGGCGAUCUCAGAUCCUGUCGGGGACGCUCCCACAAGACGAGCUGACUGAGCUUAAACAGAGAGUCACCUCUAAGAUCGACUACGGGAACAAGUACCUGGAUCUAGACCUCGUGGUGAGAGAUAAAGAUGGCAACAUCUUGGACCCCGACUCUACCAGCACCGUCUCUCUCUUCAGAGCCCAUGAAGCUGCUUCCAAACAGAUCGAGGACAGGAUCCAAGAGGAGAAGUCUCAGAAACAGAAUGUAGAUCUGAGCAGGCAGGCCAAGUUCGCCCAGACACCGUCCUUCGCUCUCUUCGUCACCCUGAAGAACGUGGUGUGUAAGAUCGGCGAAGACGCAGAGGUCCUCAUGUCCCUCUACGACCCUGUUGAGUCAAAGUUCAUCAGUGAGAAUUACCUGGUGCGAUGGUCCAGUCAAGGCCUGGUGAAAGAUAUAGACCAGCUACAUAACCUGAGAUCAGUCUUCACUGACCUUGGCAGUGAGGAUUUAAAGAGAGAGAAGAUCAGCUUUGUGUGCCAGAUCGUUAGAGUCGGACGGAUGGAGCUACGUGACAACAACACCAAGAAGCUGACCUCUGGGCUGAGAAGACCCUUUGGAGUGGCAGUAAUGGAUGUGACUGACAUCAUAACAGGCAAGAUGGAUGAUGAGGACAAGCAGCAUUUCAUCCCCUUCCAGCCGCUAGCGUUGGAUGAUGCCGUGCUUCGCCACAGGCAACUGAACAUCUCCCGUUUUUCAACCAGGGUGGCGGGGGAGAGCGACUUUCUCCAGACCGUCAUCAACAAGGUCAUCGCCGCCAAGGAGGUCAACCAUAAGGGACAAGGUCUGUGGGUGACUCUGAAACUGCUUCCGGGUGAUAUCCAUCAGAUCAGGAAGGACUUCCCUCACCUGGUUGACCGUUCCACAGCCGUAGCCCGCAAGAUGGGCUUCCCGGAGAUCAUCAUGCCAGGUGACGUGCGUAACGAUAUCUACGUAACCCUGGUUCAGGGAGAGUUUGAUAAAGGCAGCAAGUCCACCCCCAAGAAUGUCGAGGUCACCAUGACAGUCUACGACGAGGACGGAAAGAAACUGGAGAAUGUGAUGUUCCCUGGUGCUGGAGACGAGGGCAUCUUGGAGUACAAGUCUGUCAUCUACUACCAGAUCAAACAGCCACGCUGGUUUGAAACCAUCAAGGUUGCCAUCCCUAUUGAAGACGUGAACCGAAGUCACCUGCGAUUCACCUUCCGUCACCGAUCAUCUCAAGAAUCCAAAGACAAAUCGGAGAAGAUAUUCGCCCUGUCGUUUGUGAAGCUGAUGAGGUACGAUGGGACGACCCUGAGGGACGGAGAGCACGAUCUCAUCGUAUACAAGGCAGAGGCUAAGAAGCUGGAGGACUCGUCUCUGUACCUGAACCUGCCUGCUACCAAGGUGGAGCUGGAGGAGAAGGGUUUGUCCACUACAGGGAAGGGUACACACAACCUGGGCAACUGUACCAUCAGCAAGGACUCCUUCCAGAUAGCAACCCUGGUGUGUUCCACCAAGCUCACACAGAACGUGGAUCUGUUGGGCCUGCUGAAGUGGCGCUCCAACACCAGCCUCCUACAGCAGAACCUCCGACAGCUGAUGAAGGUCGAGGGAGGAGAGGUCGUCAAGUUUCUGCAGGACACCCUUGAUGCCCUGUUUAACAUCAUGAUGGAGAACUCAGACAGUGACACGUUUGACACCCUGGUGUUUGAUUCCUUGGUAUUCAUAAUUGGACUCAUUGCAGACAGAAAGUUUCAGCACUUUAACCCCGUCCUUGAGACCUACAUAAGGAAGCAUUUCAGUGCUACUCUGGCGUACACGAAGCUGACCAAGGUUCUGAAGAACUAUGUGGAGAAUGCAGAGAAGCUGACGGAACAGCUGCUGAAGGCCAUGAAAGCUCUGGAGUACAUAUUCAAGUUUAUAGUGCGUUCCAGGGUCCUCUUCAACCAGCUGUAUGAGAACAAAGGAGAAGCAGACUUCAUGGAGUCCUUGAGGAAUCUCUUCACUUCCUUCAAUGACAUGAUGAACAUCAACUCUGAGAACACAGGCAUGGUGAAGGGUGCAGCGUUGAGAUAUGUCCCCACCAUCGUGAACGACGUCAAACUGGUCUUCGAUCCCAAGGAGCUCAGUAAACUGUUCACAGAGUUCAUUCUGAAGGUUCCUCUGGGUCGUCUGGUCAAACAGAAGCUGAACUGCCUCAUCGACAUCGUCCACAGUGAUCUCUUCACACAGCAUGACUGCCGGGAGAUCCUGCUUCCUCUGAUGACAGAGCAGCUGAAGUUUCAUCUAGAGAACCAGGAGGAACUGGAGGCCUGCUGUCAGCUGCUGAGUAACAUACUAGAGGUCCUCUACAGGAAGGAUGUGGGUCCUACUCAGUGGCAUGUCCAGAUCAUCAUGGAGAAGCUCCUGAGGACCGUCAACAGAACAGUCAUCUCCAUGGGCAGAGACUCUCCUCUCAUUGGCAGCUUCGUGGCCAGCAUGACCGCUACUCUGAGACAGAUGGACGACUACCACUACACUCACCUGAUUAACACCUUCGGCAAGAUGAGGACCGACGUCGUGGAUUUCCUGAUGGAAACAUUCAUCAUGUUCAAGGACCUCAUUGGGAAGAAUGUCUACCCUGGCGACUGGGUCAUCAUGAACAUGAUGCAGAAUAAAGUGUUCCUGAGGGCCAUUAAUCAGUAUGCAGCCGUGUUAAACAAGAAGUUCCUGGAUCAGACCAACUUUGAGCUUCAGCUGUGGAACAACUACUUCCACCUCGCCGUGGCGUAUCUUACCCAGGAGUCCUUGCAGCUUGAGAACUUCUCCAGCGACAAACGAUCCAAGAUCUUCCAGAAGUGGUCUGAGGAGCCGUGUGCAGCUCACCUGACCCAGAGAGACGGCUACCAGGCCUCCACACAAGGACAACUGAAGGACCAGCUCUACCAGGAGAUCAUCAACUUCUUCGACAAGGGCAAGAUGUGGGAGGAAGCCAUCGUACUAGGAAAGGAGCUGGCAGACCAGUAUGAGAAUGAGAUGUUUGACUUUGAGCAGCUCAGUGCCUCCUUGAGGAAGCAGGCUCAGUUCUACGAGAACAUUGUGAAGGUGAUCCGACCCAAGCCAGACUACUUUGCUGUGGGAUACUACGGAGUGGGCUUCCCUUCCUUCCUCAGGAACAAGAUGUUCAUCUAUAGGGGGAAGGAGUACGAGAGGAGAGAGGACUUUGAGGCCAGACUGCUCACCCAGUUCCCCAACGCGGACAAGAUGAAGACGACCACGCCGCCCGGCGAGGACAUUAAGACCUCUUCCUCACAGUGCAUCCAGUGUUUCACCGUCAAGCCUGUUCUAGAACUCCCUUCAAAGUUCCAGAACAAACCCGUCUCUGAGCAGAUCGUCAGCUUUUACAUGAUAAAUGAAGUGUACCAGUUUCAGUACUCCAGACCGGUGAGGAAGGGAGAGAAGGACCCAGACAACGAGUUCUCGAACAUGUGGAUCGAGCGAACCACUUACACCACGGCCUACAAACUGCCUGGGAUCCUGAGAUGGUUCGACGUCAGGUCUGUCUCCACGGAGGAGAUCAGCCCAUUGGAGAAUGCCAUGGAGACGAUGCAACUGACCAAUGAGAAGAUCAGCAACAUGGUGCAGCGUCACCUGAACGACUCCAACCUUCCCAUCAACCCCCUCUCCAUGCUGCUCAACGGCAUCGUGGACCCCGCUGUCAUGGGCGGUUUCACCAACUACGAGAAGGCAUUCUUCACAGAGAAGUAUCAGGGGGAUCACCCUGAGGACCAGGAGAAACUGGACAAACUGAAAGACCUGAUCGCAUGGCAGAUCCCUUACCUAGCUGAUGGAGUUCGUAUCCAUGGAGAGAAAGUGACUGAGGCUCUGAGGCCUUUCCAUGACCGCCUGGAGGCCUGCUUCAAACAGCUCAGAGAGAAAGUAGAGAAACAGUACGGAGUCAAGACACUGCCUGCGGUGGAUGACAGACGUGGGACCCGUCCUCGCUCAAUGCUGCGUUCCUUCACCAUGCCCUCACAACAGAGACCACUCUCUGUGGCUUCAGUCAACUCCAUCUCCUCUGACAACUCCCCCUCCAGACCUGGCUCAGACGGCUUUGCCCUAGAGCCUCUCCUGCCAAAGAAGUUGCACUGCAAGUCCCAGGACAAGCUGGAGCGCGACGAGUCAGAGAGGGAGAGGAAGGACAAGAAGAAAGAGAAGAGGAACAGUAAACACCAGGAGAUCUUUGACAAGGAGCUGAAGACCACAGACAUCUCCCUGCAGCCCGCCGAGGCAGUCAUACUGUCAGAGACGAUCAGCCCACUGAGGCCUCAGAGACCAAAGAGUCAGGUGUUGAACCUGUUGAGUGGAGACCGCCGUCUCUCUGUGUCCCCCGGACCCCCCCAGCCCCAUUCCUCCCCGGGCCCCCCACCCAUCACCCCCAGGAACAAACUGUCCUUCAGCCUGCUCACCGUCUCCAGUCUGGAGCUGAACGGGAUGGGGGUUGAUAAAGGAGAGACUCCUCCUCCCCUGCCCGUGAAGGGCAUCUCUGCUGAUUAUGGGAACCUGCUAGGAGAUAAUGAAGACUUGACGAGUCCCUCCACCCCUCCCCUGACACACCAUCAAAGGCAUUUGCCACCUCCUCUUCCCAGCAAGACCCCUCCACCCCCUCCCCCUAAGACCACCAGGAAACAAGCCUCCAUCGAUUCAGGAAUUGUACAAUAAACAAUGACAUUAAGACACCCGAUUUAAAACACACAAGGUUCUUUCCCCUCUGCAAUCCCCCCCCUCCCCCCUCAUCCCCGCUCAACACAGGGCUGCGUUAACAAAAUGGCGACCUAUUUCCAAUAGUGGACUACUUUUCACCAUCGGGUUCUGGUCAAACGUAGGGCACUAUAUAGUGAACAGGGUGCCAUUUGGGGAAACAGCCGCAGUCUGACCAGGAGUGGAAGAAGAGUAUCUCACUCAGGCUACACUCCUUAUUGAGCCAUUCAUCUUGGCCGUGUCCCAAACAGCACCCUAUUCCCCAUAUAGUGCACUACUUUUGGCCACGGCCGAUAGGGCUCUGGUUAAAAGUAGUGCACUACGUAAGGAAUAGGGUGCCAUUUUGUGGCAGAGUCUCAUUGAUCCUUUUCAAUUUUUGCCUCAAGUGUGAUGAUGCGGUCUACUUUACCAUAGGUUAGAUAGGUGAAUCAGUUUCACAUGAUUACUGGUCGCUGAAUUUAUUGAUGCCAUCUACCAUCUAGGACUCCAUUCUCCACGUGAUACCAGUUCAGGCCUUUGUAAUGCUAUGAGAUCGUGUUCCACCUAUAGAAUCUUUAGAAUGAGUGAAAUGAAUAUAGAAUCAGAACCAGGUGAAUGAAGCGUUCUUUGGUUCUGUCUUUGACCAAUAGACAGGCUGGUGAGUGACGACCAACAUUCUGACCCCUCCCACCUGCCCUUAGGAGCUGGGAGCACAUAGUAACAGGAAACCAUGCUUUUUAUUCUGUGGUUUAUAUUUUGUAUCCAUAGUUACAGAAAACAUCCAUUUUUAUUCAGUGGUUUAUCUUUUUCUAUCCAUAUUCCCGCUUUGUACAGAGGUUUGUAUAUAGGAUUUUAUUUUCAUUUCAUAUUUUUUCUUUAUGUGGAAUUUAUCAUGACUUUUAUUUUGUAUUAACAUUGCAUUAGAUUAACAGGUUUGCAUUUAUACCCCCCCCCAAAAAAAAAAAAAAAAAAUGUUUUUUAAAGUUUUGAAAUGACAGGGACUAUAAAGAAUUGGUAUGUGAGAAUCUGCCUAUCGUUGAUUUUCUGGAUAAGGUUUGUGUUUUCUUUGCAGUGAACACAACUAACUCCCUCCUCCUCCAUCAUACAUCGUUAUUGUAUAGGAUUUUACCGUUGACUGUUUCCAAUUCACUACUGACUUCUGAAUAAACUUUCUCAACUGGA